CAACCGGAAAAUAAAAAUAAAAAAUAGCAACAAUAUUCGAAAAUAAGCAGUCUUGAUAGUUUUAAAACGAAAGAAACAUGACCGACGACACAAACAGCCGUAAGCUGAAGUUCACGGGAAGCUGCAAGCUGAGCAAUGCCGCUCUGGCCGAGAUCUAUCAUCUGACCGAGGAGGAGUUGAGUGACGAAGAGCUUGCUUCUGUGGGACUGGAGCGCAACUCACUGAUCGACGACUACCGUCAUCUCCACGAGAUGUGGCUUUUGUCACAGAAGGCGCAAGCAAAGCCGGAACCGGCAAAACUUAAGAAAUCAUACGAUUUGAUUUGGGUGAAUCAGUUGAUCCAUCGGUUCAUGGAGCUGAACGGUUCCCGGGGCGAGGCAAUGGACAUUGUGGUCAACUCACUGACUAAGUUCCACAAGAAGCGUGAUAAUACCCAGAAUUAGAGAGCUACCUGGUAUUCAAUCAUAAUUGAGGCCAUAGCUUUAGGGACUAGUCACAAUUAAAUUGUAGCUAAUAUUCAAGUUAUUUUCAUCUUUUAUUCGAUUCUUCAUUGAAAUACACAUCUCCAGGUAGUAUUACAUAUUCAA